CCAAUGUGAUAUCUUUUAUUUGAUAUAUUAAAACAAUUUCCGGAAUAAAACCCAAUUAGACCCAGUGCCUAAACCCAACCUGACACGACAUCCCUCAACUAGAACUGCCAGUGAAGGUUCCUUUCUUCCUCUCUAGCUAAGCCACAAAGAGACGCUUGCUUUCUACAUGAUUCUCUGUUGCUGAUAUUCCAGUGAAAGAGGGUCGACCCGAUUCGUCGUUUAUCAUUUUUUUUCUCUAAGCUGCCAACAACAUGAACAGGGUGCUUUCAAGGACUAAUGUCUCAGUAACAACAAAGAUCUUCCGGAGGACUUGUUCAACACACCCAGCCUUUACUUCUGGUUCCAAUGAGGAGGAGAGCAAUGUAAAAAUUAAUUCCAUUGAAGAUGAUAGUCCACAACAUGACAUUGCUAUUGUUGGUGGUGGAAUGGUUGGAAUUGCUUUUGCUGCUUCCUUGGCUAGCAAGCCACUGACAAAGCACUUGAAUGUUGCUAUUAUUGACAACAAUCCUCUUUUCGGGACAAAAAGUACCAUAGAGAAAGGUCACCCACCUCCACCUGAUCCUAGAGUCAGUACUGUCACACCUGCAACAAUAUCCUUCCUCAAAGGUAUUGGCGCCUGGAAAUACAUCGAAGAGCAGCGACAUGCGUAUUUUGACAAAAUGCAGGUAUGGGACUACACAGGUCUUGGAUAUACAAGAUACUAUGCUAAAGAUGCCGAUCAAGAUAUUUUGGGGUGUGUUGUGGAGAAUAAAGUUCUUCAGAGCUCUCAGCUAUCUUGUGUGCAGGAAUCAGAUCUCCAGAAGACUAUCUAUCCAGCGAGGUUAAACUCAAUGGAUACGUUACCUAGUUCUUCCUUGACUGGUCUUGGUGAAGAACCAUCCACAAGAGAUUUGUUCAUGCGAGGACGCCUUGCCAAGCUGGAGCUAAGCGUGUGGCUAGCUAUAGCUCAAGGCAUUGCUCUUGGUACUGAUAUUGGCGAGGCGAAUCUGCUCAAACGAUAUGAAGCGGAGAGAAAACCUGCAAAUAUAGCAAUGAUGGCGGUUUUAGAUGGAAUACAGAAGAUGUACGCUGUGAAUUUAGGAUCGCUGAAUGCACUGAGAGCGGCUGCAUUUCACGGUGCUCACUACAUUUCCCCUCUUAAAAAGCGUAUCAUAUCAUAUGCUUCAGGAGACCAGUCUUUGCCACUCUUUUCUUGAGCAAGCCAGUCGAGAUUGGUCGCCCCUCUAUCAACAGCUCUGUAUCUUUGAAUUUUAUAUUUCUGAAUUAAAAUCUUGCAUUUAAUGAUAAUAUUAAAAAUAGUUUGCAUGA